AUGGAUGAUUCUAACGAUGACAUUCUAAAAAAAGAGGACUUCGUAGGGGGCUUUAAUACACAUGAUACUCAGACUAAUGAGGAUCAGAGCGCUGAUAUUGAUUUUGUUUACAAUGAUACAGAUGAAUAUGGCAUUGAGAUUGCUGAGUUAUAUUGCUACACAGAAGAACCUGAAUUCUUUUUGAAUAAGAAUUGCUUUCAGCAAGAAUUUUCAAAAUACGCUCCAACUAAGUGGAUAGAAUCCGAAGAAAGCACUAGACAGGCACAUGUCAUCCGCCUUCUUGACCAACUGGAAUCUAGCAGUUAUAGUGUCCGAAGAAACGCUUCUCGAGGUCUUUUGUACCUCCUUCAGGGAGUUUUUUGUGAAUGUGAGCUGGAGGAAGAUCAGAUUACAUGGGCUCGUCACAAUGUUUAUUUAUGCAUUGAAUGCGGCAUACUUCAAUCUGCUAUCAGCCUUUUACUUGUUGCGAUAAAUUACGAUGACUGGACUUCUAACAAUGGUUCUAAUGUGAAUGAUGUAAGCUCUGCUUCCGCAGCUGGUGGCGCAGCCGCACAAGAAGGCGAUGGGGAUUUGAGUUGUGUAAGCACAACAACAGCUGAUUAUUCUCCUGCAAAAAAAACACCUACAACCAAUAUCAAGGACACCAUUGAUCUGCGCAUAAUCAUUUCAAUUCUCUACAUUCUUGUCGAGACGGUGCGUGAUGGUGUGGCUAACCAACAGUCCCUUGCACCUAGCACCACUUCGGACCCUCAUCACUAUCAUCAGCAGAAUCUUGUUUCAUAUGAACCUACUACAUCUGGGCCGGGCUCUAAUGGUUUGUCUGGACCACAAAUCUUCACUUUGGCUAAUAAAGAAGCCAGGUUACGAGAUCAAUUUAUUGAAGAGCUAGGUAAAUGA